CCUGGGGGCAUGGCCGCGCCACAGGAGCAGCUGCUGCAGCUUCAGAAGGACAACCGCGAUGGCCGCCUGCGGAAGCAGGAGCUGGAGGAGCUGGUGCGUGGGCUCGAGGCCGAGAGCGAGAGCCUCACCGAGCGCCUACAGGAACUGCGCGAGCGCGAGCGCAGUCUGCAGCGGAAGCGAAGCCAAGCGGCACGGGCGCUACGUGGAGAGGCGCGCGAGGAGGCUCGGGAACGCGCGGAGCGGGCGCGUGGGCUGCUGGAGGCUGCGGAGAGGCACAAGCUGGAGCUGGAGCAGCACAAUAAGCAACUGCAAGAGCAGUGGGAGGAGCUGUCAAGUCAGCUCUUUUACUACGGAGGUGAACAACUUAGUCAGCAGCGCGCGGAGCAGCAACAGGGGACACAGCUCGCCGCCCUGCAGAAACAGCUGGAGCUGGCGGAGGCCAAGUACGCAAUGCAGGCGGAGGCCUUGAGGCAGGGCGCGCAGCGGACUGAGGAGGCCUGGGCCAGCUUCCAGGAGCAGUGCGGAGUCCUGCAGGAGCUGCAGGGGAAGGUGAUGGAGGCGGCGGCUGCGCUGGACGCUUCUCGGGGUGGCUUGGAAGCGUGGGACUCGCAGCCUCGUCGGGUGCAGGACUGCGCGGGCUCGCUCAUGGAGGAGGUGGCCAGGGCAGACUGCGAAAAGCGGUUUUUCCGAGGCUCGGGGAGCAUCAGGCUGUGGGCGCUGAGCGCGCUGCAGGCGCUGCUGCUGCUCCCGCUCGGCUUCCUGGCACUGCCGCUGCUCUACGUGGUGCUGGCCAAGCCGGACGCCGUGGGCCCCGGACUCCCGCGUCUCAGCUCGGACGCCGCCUUCCGUCGGCUGCGCUACACGCUGUCCCCGCUGCUCGAGCUGCGCGCGCGCGGGCUGCUGCCCGCCUAG